ACAGUAAAUGGUACAUGGUGCUCCUUUGUGGCCAUUUUCUUAGUCCUGUAUUCAUGGAAGACGACUAUAUCGUCUUCUAUUAAUAUAGUGUGUAUAUCUCUACAUCGCCUGUGUGCAAAUAAUCAGGGUCGAUAACUUGCCUAGAAUUCAUAUUCUCCGCUUGGGGGCGCUGCUCUUAUUAGCUAGCAGACAGCCACAAGGAAAGCAAACAAGUGCAGUCGGCGCGGCAACCCGGAGUUUUACUGCCAUGGGGAAGGCACAGGGACUAUAUUUAAGUGUAUCAUGGAGAAAGUUUGCAAUUUUAGUUCUAUCUCUGCCUCUUUUUGGAUUUUUUGUUUGUGUCAUAUGGUCCAUUCUCUUCAAUUUUGAAGGCACCACCGCAACUCAUUGCAAGGUGGCAAAUUAUCUUCCGUCAGCAAGUGCAGCCAUUGGUGGAUAUACCCCUCAGAUAUACAUCUGGCGAAUCUGCAUAGCGUUACACUCAGCACCACGCUUAAUUGUUCCAGUGAUAUAUUACAACUUUCACACAUCUGUAUUCACUGCAAAACACUCACUAUACCAGAGUUUUGCAGCAUUGGCUGGUUUUCUUCAUUUUGUGGAGAACUUAUCAUUAGUUGGAUUAACCUACAUUUCUUCAACGGAAAAUCAUGAGCUUCACAAAGAUUGCUUCAUAAUCUUCAUGAUUUGUUCCCAAUUGUACAUGUUGCUCACUUGUGCAUUGUUUAAAUGGGGAAGAUCAGGAAAACCUAUGUCUCCAAAGGAGUCUAAGUCCUACUGGUGGAAGAAAGUCCUCUUUGGUAUAAACAUCUUCAGCAUCGUCCUUGCAGCAUAUUUUUUCUACCGUCACAAUACUUAUUGUGAGCCUGGAGUGUACACAGUUUUUUCCUUGUUGGAGUACAUCGUUAUCUUAACAAACUUAACUUUCCAUGCAACUAGCAUGGUUGAUUUUGAAGGCUUAUAUCUUGAGUUUGGUCAGCCUGCUACUUCUAAACAACAGUGAUGAAGCAGAAGUACAGCCACGGCUGCAGAUUGUUACGUUAGUGUUGGUUUUCAACUGAUCUGUGUAGGACUUUUACAUUACUCAGUAAUUGAUGAAUAUUAACCAGACAGAUUUAUGUGUAUGUUAUUUCUGUACAUAUAUAUGACUUAGCGUGCUGAAGAGAGGUGUAUAUAUUUUCAACAAGUUCACAGUCCCACUGAGUUUUUAAGCAUAAUAUGUCUGAAAACAGAAUUAUUUUAGUAGAGACAUUAAACCCCAAGCAUACUUACAUAUUAGCACAAGUUUUAUGGCCAGGCAAAAAACAUUUCCAGGGCAAAAUUUACAUAUGGCAAUUGUAAUUUUUUUCAUUUUUGUUUAUCUUCUAUUUUUUCUUGUAACAUUUAUUGUUAUCAGCUAUUUUAUGGUACAGCUAUGUUUAAAAACCUGUUUAGACUUAUUCAUUACUUUUUCAGAAAGAGGUAUUAUUUCAUGUUCAUACAUCAUACGUUUACAUUUAUUCAGAAAUUUUUAUUGUUAAAACAUAUAUAUUCACUUUGUGAAGCACUUUUUUUCCUAUGUCUCGCAUUAAAAAGUACAUGUAUUUUCCUCUUCAGCCUCUUAAACAUGUACUUUUCUCUUGCAUAUUGUGAGAUAAGUUAAACUAAAAGGAGGGGUUGAGGGCAGGGAUAAUUUCACUCCUCACAAACAACAAGAGUUGCUGUUGUCCUAGUAAACCUUGCAGUUCUCAACAGUUCAUGAUACUGUGUACAUUUCUACAUAUGUCAUAUUUUUCAGCUUUAGUAUUCUGCAGAGUUUGUGGCUUGAUUUUAUUAUGAUGCUUGUGUUAAGCUUUUCCGUCCUUAUCUUAAGGGUAAAAAUUGGCUGAAUAGCUCAGGGGAGAAAUGUGGAGGGAGUAACUAAGCAUUUUCAUAGGCCCUACACGUGGCAAAAUGCUAUAAGUACUGACAGAAAAUAAGCAUAAAUGAGCCUUGUAAUUUCAAGAUGGCGCUCCCUUCUACCUCCCCCUCAAAAAAUAACUUUGACUUUCUUUUUAUUUUCUGUACUAAUCACUGAACCUCUACAAUUAACAGUUAAGCUUCCUGAAUCCAUCAGUGUGAAGGCUCUGGGUACCUCUAGGUGCUUAUUGCUUGAUGAGCUAUUUGAAGACUUUAUUAAUUUUUGACCUUACACGAAUAUUUAUGACCUCUUUUACAUGUGUAUCAGAUGAGAUUUGUUUUGAGUAAGUUGGCUAGAUAUCAUGUGAAUUCCAUACCGUUCUUCAGCAACUUUCUGCUGAUGUUACAUUUUAAGUACAUUUUAAGUAUGUUUCCCAAUAUGUGAUAAUAUUAAAAUUGUUUUUAAAGAUUACAUGUAUUUUUAAACUCACACUGUAGUUAGAUUGAAUCUUCAGUGCUUAGAAAAUGUUCUACACACGUCUGUUUAAAACAUCAAUGUGAAAUAUUCACUUUAGAUCUGAAUAUAUGUUUUCGGCGUUGUGGACAUUAUCUAUUUUUUUGUGAUAAUAAAGUUGACUGAAAAAUUAAUUACU